UUACCACAGUUGUACGUGUUACACCUCUUCCCACAGAGCCCGUCUGCAACCGUCGCCGUCAUUACGCAGCUUACCUUUUGACCAACGCCGACGCGAUGUCGGGCUGGAAGUACGCACUUGCUUUGAGCAAGCAAGAUGUCUUGACUGCCACACCUCCGGGAACAGUAAGGCUGCUAGCCGAAGACGAGUCCACUACCAGGUCAUUGAGGUCUUCCAACUCUCUGAUCCGAUUCCCGCAACCAUCCGAAGACCCGGCAGACCCCCUCAACUGGGCCCAAUGGCGCAAAUUCGGGCUGCUGUUGACCGUCUCGCUUUACUCUUUCGUCGGCAACUUCACCAGUUCAGGCAUUGCACCGGCACUCUCACUCUGGUUCAAGGAGUUCCCACACGAUGUGCGGCCGUUUAGCGACCUGUCGUACUUCAUAGCUGUCAACAUUCUGUUCCUCGGGGCAUCCAACAUCUGGUGGGUACCGUUGUCAAACAUCUUUGGCCGGAGGCCGGUGCUGCUCGCCGCGACUCUGAUCAUGACUGUCUGCACCGUCUGGUGCGCCGUUUCGUCCUCUUACAACUCUGUGCUGGCCGCGAGAUUGUUCCAGGGCAUCGGAGCCGGCGCCUCCGAGUCCGUGGCGCCCGCUCUGAUCGGCGAGGUCUUUUUCGUCGACGAGCGCGGCCGCGCGAUGGCCAUCUACACGGUCUUUCUCGCCUCAGGAUCGCUGAUUGGCGGCAUCGCCGGCGGCUACAUCGGUUACGAAGUAGGAUGGGCGUACAUCUUCUGGGUCGGAGUCGCCCUUUCCGCAGCUUGCUUUGUUGGCACCUUAUUUCUCGUGCCCGAGACCCUCUACGACCGGGUCGUCCCAUACAUUGACUCCCCAGUUGGCUCGCAAUGCGAAGAAAAGGGGACGGAAAGCCAUCUUGAGGAUACCCGAAGCCGAACCCUGAACUACCGCCCAUACACCUAUGGCAGAUCCCUUGGAUUUACUCAUUAUCGCGGCAAUGUGGCCAGCCACUUCCUGGCACCGUGGAAGACGCUCAGAUUCCCUGGCACUUGGGUAGUCAUGUUCCACUACGCCGGACUCGUUGGUGGGAUCGUCACAAUCUCCACAGUCGGGCCCCAGAUUAUGGCCGCGCCACCGUAUCUCUGGGGAGCCAAUGCUGGGCUUAUCAAUAUUGGAGGAAUUAUCGGCACCAUCUUGGGGGCCUUGUACACCUACUUUCUCUCCGACAAACAACUUAAAAGGAAGGUCAAGACUUCGGGCAGCGGUUUCGCGGAAGCAGAGAGCAGGCUGCCGACCAUGUUCCUUUCUCUCGUCAUUUCAACCGGCGGGUUCUUCGUCUUUGGAUUUACUGGCCAGUACCCAUCCAGAGCCGGAUGGGUUGGUCUCUGUGUCGGGUUUGCCAUGGUUUCCUUUGGGCUGAUGCAGUUACCCUCGAUCGGGUUUAACUACAUCAUCGAUGCCUAUCAACAUCACGCCAGUGAUUGCUUCGUCAUGGUGACUAUUAUGAGAGCCAUCAUUGCUUUUGCCUGGACGUUCUUCGUUGCCAAGUGGGUCGAGAAGAAGGGCACUGCAGAGCCGUUCGGCAUCUUUGGAAUGCUCAUGGGGCUCUUCUCGCUUCUAACUGUCCCGCUGUGGCUGUAUGGCAAGAGAAUGAGGAUCGCGACAAGGGAUUUGGUGGAGAAAUAAAGAUGCUGGAGGCGUGCGUUGCAACCCGCGCAGUUGACGAAUGACGUCUGUGAGAAGCCCGGAAAGUUGGCGGUAAGCUUCCUUAGAAACACUGGUUGAUGAUGGCCGGCCCGAGUUUCUUCUUGCUGGGUUAAGUUUAUGAUUCAAAUCGUCUUCACCAUGAUAGAUUUGGGACUUGAACCUGUCAGAUUUAGGUGUUUGGUUUCUACUGUUGUAGUCUGAUUUGGUGUAUUGUUUGAAAAUUCAGCACUUGCCAUUUAGCGGCGUGAAAGAGCUCACAUUUGAGAAGUCUUGACGGGAUCCAAGCCCGAUACCAUCUUAUCUACACCUCAGAAGAAGAGAAAUACCCCUUGACGAUGAGAGCCUUCGGCAUAGGGUAAUCCCUGCCCUGAAAUCGAAUCAUACGGGAUACAGAAAGCAUCACGUUUGACAAAAGAC